GAAUCUGGGCGGAUCCUAACUAUACCAGUGACCACUAAAAGAAAACUAUAAAUUGUGAGCUUUGAAACGCUAAUCAAUAAUCACGGCUCCCGGAAAAAAAAAAUCAUUAUGAGCACCUAACAGUAACAGGAUUCACCAUAACAACGAAGAAUGGCGGCCAAUUUCUGGACUUCUUCCCACUUUAAACAGCUUUUGGACCCGGAAGAGGUGGAUGUGGUUCAUCAACAAGAUAAAGAUAAAGGCAUCACGCUUGAAGAAUUUAAGCUGAUUAAGAUGCAUAUGGCGAACUAUAUAAUGAAACUGGCUCAAAAUGUUAAAGUGAGGCAAAGGGUUGUAGCAACUGCAGUUACAUAUAUGAGACGUGUCUAUACCAGAAGGAGCAUGAGUGAAUACGAUCCUCGUCUUGUUGCUCCUACUUGCUUAUAUUUGGCAUCAAAGGCAGAAGAAAGCACGGUGCAGGCUAGACUUCUUGUAUUUUACAUUAAAAAAUUAUCUUCUGAUGAAAAGUAUAGAUAUGAAAUCAAAGACAUACUUGAAAUGGAAAUGAAGAUCUUAGAAGCACUUAACUAUUAUUUAGUUGUAUUUCAUCCUUACCGCACAUUGUCUCCGUUGUUGCAGGAUGCUGGCAUGAAUGAUAUGAGUAUGACUCAAUUAUCUUGGGGACUUGUAAAUGACACAUACAAGAUGGACCUUAUUCUUACACAUCCGCCAUAUUUGAUUGCCUUAGCUUGCAUAUACAUUGCUAGCGUCUACAGGGAGAAAGAUAUCACAACUUGGUUUGAAGAACUUCGCGUUGAUAUGAAUGUGGUGAAAAACAUCUCCAUGGAGAUCCUCGACUUCUAUGAGAACAAAAUGAUUGCAGAUGAGCGAAUAAGUACUGCCUUCCUCAAACUUGCUCUUAAGCCUUAGAUGGUUGAUUGAGCGUGGAACCUGAUAAUACCGGCAUCGACCACUGCAUGACUUGAUAUUAUUUUCUCGGUGGCUGUAAGCUAUGAAACUGGUAAUAUUUCAGCAGAUUAACCUACCUUCUGGUAUGAUAAACUAAAAUGGUGUUCUAUAAAACUUUGCAGAAGAUAAUAAUGGUAAAUGUCUGAUUACAAUUCUGUAUUUCUUAAAGAUUAGUAAUUUAUAAGUGAUGAACCUCAAGCUCUGCAGAAA